UGUCAGAUUAAUGCAUAUUUAUUACAGCCACCAGCUAGCCAUAUGUGGAAUGGCAAGUAAAACACCAUCCUGUUGUUGUUGUCUCAGAGCCUUCAAUAAAGAUGAUCAAGUUGAAGUCACAACCAGUGCUAUAUCUUGGCCUUUACAAGGCAUAAAAAGCAGCUCCACCCGCUCGAAAAAGAACUGAGCCUGCUGGCUCAAUAAUCUAUGUGGGCACUGCUAACGCUAGCACCGCAAAACCAGCAAGUUGCUGUUAUGUGGAGGAAACAAGGCACAGUCAGAGAAACUCUGAAGUCUUCAGCCAGGAGCAGGAGAGAGUGGGAAGAGCACAUUUAUCAAGCAGAUGCGGAUCAUCCAUGGAGCUGGGUUCUCAGAGGAAGACCGCAAGAUGUAUGCCCGACUUGUGCACCAAAACAUUGUAACGUGCGCACAGUCAUUGGUGGGAGCCAUGGAACAUUUGCAGAUACCCUACACCAGGCAAGAGAAUAAGGUGAAUGGAAAUCUAAUCCAAGAAUUGAAUGCAUAUAAAGUUAAUACACUUAGUAAAGAACAUGCUACUGCUAUUAAGAAAAUAUGGGCCGAUCCUGGGAUUAAGCAAUGCUAUGACAGGCGAAGGGAGUACCAUCUACUCGACUCGGCUAAAUAUUUUAUGUCCAAUCUGGAACGUCUCACAUCUGAUGGGUAUCUUCCUACUGAUGAAGACAUUGUCAGGAUCCGAAUGCCAACCACAGGAAUUAGAGAAUAUUGCUUCAUUGUGGACAAAUGCAACCUAAGGAUAGUGGAUGUUGGAGGGCAGAGAGGGGAGCGCACAAAAUGGAUUCACUCUUUUCAGAAUGUGUAUGCAAUUAUAUAUUUGGCUUCACUGAGUGAAUAUGAUCAACAACUGGAGGAGAGCAAAAAUGCUAACCGCAUGGUAGAAAGCAUGGCCUUAUUUCAUACUAUCCUAAAGUUACCUUGGUUUAUGGAAACACCAAUUAUUCUUUUCCUCAACAAGACUGAUCUGCUGGCUGAGAAAAUUGGCAUGUCUGAUCUGACCACAUAUUUCCCAGAAUACAAAGGUCCCAGGAAUGAUGCUGAGGCUGCUAAAGAGUUUAUUCUUGAAACCUACAAAAACAUUUUCAAUGAAGCACAACCGCCAUAUGUAAAAAAGCAUAAGAAGGAGGCAAAGACCAGACUUUAUCAUCACUUAACCUGUGCCACUGACACCAACAAUAUACGCACAGUGUUCAACGAUAUCAAGGAGCAUGUUCUCAGGACAUAUCUAGAAGAUCUUGGCCUAGUGUAGAAGUCUGUACUGUGCUAGGCACAUUCACAUUGUUAUGCAGUCAAUUGUAUCUUGACACUGGUUCACCUAAAGGGACUGUAUGGGACACCAGUUAUCCAUUUAUUUCUAAAACAUCAUUAUAGGUUAAUUUAAAACAAACAAAAAUUUAACUGAAGUUUUCCCAG